UCGACUUCCGAUCUGGUGUACGUAUUUUGAAGGUUUAGGGAGUGUUUACUUUUGUCGAUUAUACCACAAAGCCAUACCAUCUGAACCAUUUUGUAGAUGAAUAUGGUAGUAGGAGGAGGAGGCUCAGUACUCUGUCCGCGUUCUGUUCUUCAUUUUCAUUUGCCCUCGAGCAGACUGAAAUUCGGAAACCCUAAACCUUUUUUUCCGCCAAAAGAAAUAGCAGAUUGGCCCUCCUUUGCAAGCAUAAGAGCAGAAGGAAAUGGAAAAUGGCGUAAAAACAAUCCUUCCGCAAGGGCCCCUGAAGCCGAAGAGCUGGAGGAGGGCCCUCCAUUAGAUGAUCGAAGAUCAUCCUUAUCUCCUAAUAAGGAAAAAAUUAUAGCCCUUUUUAAACGAAUACAGGCUUCCAUUUCCAAAGAUGAUACCCUGUAUUCCAAGAAUCAGGGUUUAAAGAAGUUUGAUGACGAGAAAUCCUCAGCUGAGGCAAUAUUGGGAGUUCUUCACCAGUCAAGAACACAAGGAAAAGGGAGGAGAAAUUCAGUGAAGAAGGUUAGUAAAUCACCACAUGCUAGAAAAGAAUCACAGGGAGAAGAUGAGAGAGCAGUGCACUCACCAACUUUGAGCUUUAAAUCAACAAGACCUCCGUCAAAUUUCAUUAGGAAAUCUCCGACAGCUACUCUAUUGAGCCGAAGAGAAAAAUCCGAGCCAGAAGAUGAAGCAUUGCACGCCAUGUCUGCUCCAUCAAUCCCAGGAGAGGAGUUUCUGCAAACACCUCAAGCAUUGCCAGCAACAGAUAAUAGCAACGAGCAUGAACUCGUAGAGGAGUUCAAGAACAUGAAUCUUGCUCGGUUAAAAGAGAUUGCGAAAUCUAAAGGGCUCAGGGGUUAUUCAAAACUUAAAAAGAGUGAGCUCAUAGACCUCCUAACGCAGUCUGUAAAUAGCAAUACUCCAUGAAAUGCUUCCACUUCCCUCGUCUAAAUCUUUAUUCAUCGUUCCAUACGCCUUGGUUUGUCAAGGAUUUCGCUCGAUUAUUCGACCACAUGAAUGUCCUCGAUUUUCUUAUGUGAAAGGAGCACAUAUGGGGAAGAAUCCUUCAUUGCCAAAAUAUCCAUGUUUCGAAAAUCCUUGUUUAUAGAUGCAAUAUACAGUGUCACUACAGUUUCCUUUAUUAAUGAAUCUGUUUCUCUAUGUGUGGAAACUUUAUCUUCUUCUUGUUCUUUAUGUAUCAGCUUCCCCAUUCUCCAAUUCAGUGAAAACUUUUAUUA